AUGCAGAAGUCGCGGGCCGUGGCUGCACCAGAGAUGCAGAGAAAGAAAGUACGCGACAACUCACGAUCAAUGACAGUAGGUGAUUCUGUGGUGCGACCAACACCUAGCCUGGAAGCAAUGUUCGCUAGAGGUGCUGCGCAGCGAGCCGACGACGAUAACGAAGAUAAUGAUGAUGACGACAAUGGAGAUAAUGAGCCAAUACGACCUCCUGCACGACGAUCGAAGAAAUCUACCAACGUUGGAUUUGCUGCCUAA